CACUCCUCCUCCUCGCAAACCACCAACCCCAAGACGCCCAGCCCCAAUUACUUCGGCUUCCAAGGCGACGACACCAGCUCCUUCCUUCGAGACUCGCCCCACCACACCAAAACGAACUGGAGCCCGCCUUCCUCCGCCGUCCGCUCCACCGCCGCCGCUUCCCCGUCCAUCGUCCCCGUCGACCAGAACCCGGAUUUCGAUGCCUUCCGCCGACACUCGGAGGGAAAAGCGUUUAACCUCGGCGGCUUGGGCGGGAACUUCAAGAUGAACGCUCCGCCCCCGGCUGCUGCUGGCGGCCUGAGGCCGAAACCGGGUCGAACGGCGAGCAAGAUGUCGACGCCGUCCGAGCCGCGCAAUGUCCCGCCCGUGACCAAGGUGCGCUCGAAAGAACUCUUGGACCCGAACACCGCCGAGCUGGCACGCUCGCCCAAGAGGGUCCUCUCCCCCGGUUCGGCGGCGCAGUUGGAGCCGACGCGGAAGGGCUCCCCGGCGAACUUUGGCGAUGCGGAGAGGCCGUCCAGUCAACCACGCUUUCAAUUGCCGCUCGAUAAUCCGAGUGGCCCGCAGGGCUUCUCGCAUCAGCCGAAACGGUCGGAGACGUUGCCUGCGUCCACCCCGAGCGAGGCGGAGCAGUUGAUGGUCACGCCGCAGCAUGUCGUUACGCUGAUGGAUUCGAAGACGGAGGAUAUAUUAUUGCUUGAUCUGCGGGUGUCGACGCAGUACGCUGUGUGUCAUGUUGCUGGGGCAUUGAAUUUGUGUAUACCGACGACGCUACUCAAACGACCGUCAUUCAAUGUGCAGAAACUGGCGGAGACGUUCAAGGAUGAAGAGCAGCGGCGCAAGUUCGAGCACUGGCGGAGUAGUGGCUACAUCAUCGUCUAUGACGCUUCAUCGGGGCAACUGAAAGACGCGCAGAUCUGCCUGAAUAUGGUGAAGAAGUUCCAGAACGAGGGAUACGAGGGGACGCUACAUAUCGUCAAGGGAGGCUUUGCCGCUUUCAGAACCGCCUUUGCCGCUUACACCGAGGCGGGUGUCGACUCCGCCAAGAACGCUGAUGAGCUCGACACCCUACCUGUGGCGGGCGGUUGUGUGAUGCCGUCGACUGACAAACCCGCCAAUCCCUUCUUUGGCAAUAUCCGCCAGAAUAUGGAUCUCAUUGGUGGGGUCGGGCAGAUACCGCUCAAACAUCCUACCAAAACUAGUCAAUCGGCUGAAGACGAUUUUCCGGACUGGCUUCGCAGCGCGGCGGAUGAUGGCGAUCAGGGGCAGAAGGUCAGUAAGAAGUUUGAGGCGAUUGAGCGGAGGGAGAAGAAGCGGAUGGAGGAUGCGCUGUCGGGCAACGUUUCGUACAACAACACCACCACUUCCUCCCCUCGACCUCGCAGCGGUGGAGAUGGCAGUAAUAAGCAGCAGCAGCAGCAGCAGAAGGGUGUCGUGCACCAGAUCGCGGGCAUCGAGAAGGGGAAUAAGAACCGGUAUAACAAUAUCUGGCCUUUUGAGCACACGCGGGUCAAAUUGCAGGGCGUGCCGAAGGCCGGGUGUGAUUACUUCAAUGGCACGUUUGUCCAGGCCGGGUGGAGUCAUAAGAGGUAUAUUAGUACACAGGCGCCUAUCCCUGCCACUUUUAACGACUUCUGGAACGUCAUCUGGCAACAAGACGUCCGCGUCAUCGUCAUGCUGACCGCCGAAAAGGAAGGCGCGCAGGUGAAGGCGCAUAAUUACUGGGAUGCCAAGACGUACGGACCUUUACGCCUCGAGUUCUUGAGCGAGAAACGGGCGUCUCUGGAACCGGCGCGGAUCCAUAACAGCCAGCGCCUCGCCGCCAAACGGCCGGGGACGGUCAAGCGGGCUUCGACUCGAUCCAGUCAUCCGCAGAUCCCGUUGGCGACUAUCGACGGGAAGGAGGAGAAGGCGGGCGAGCAACCGUACGUGAUCGUGCGGAAGUUCACGCUGGCGCAUGAGCGGCAUCCCUUCGAACCCAUGCGCGAGAUCACCCAACUCCAAUACUCCUCCUGGCCGGACUUUGGCGCGCCCGCGCACCCGGCGCAUUUGCUCGGGUUGGUCGAGCAGACGGAUGCGGUGGUGCGGGCUUCGAAUCGGGAUAAAAGGGAAAGGGAGCCAGAGGGCGAAGGCGAGCGGCCGAUUUUGGUCCAUUGUUCGGCCGGGUGCGGACGGACGGGGACGUUUUGUACGGUCGAUAGUGUGAUUGAUAUGCUCAAGCGGCAGCGUAUCUCGCAGGAGGGGAAGGGGAAGGGUGGUGGUGCCGGCAGGGAGAGGGAGAGGCGGGAGGAAGUGGACGGGGCGUGGGUGUUGGGUGGGGAUGUGGAUUUGGUGGAGAAGACGGUCGAGGAUUUCCGCCUGCAGCGCUUGAGUAUGGUGCAGAGUCUGCGCCAAUUUGUGCUGUGUUAUGAGAGUGUUAUGGAGUGGCUUGUUGAGCAG